AUGAGGUCCAAGUUUUCUCAAGCUGCUCUGCAGCCCUUUAUUCUAGGAGUGUUCCUGUCACUGGUGGACACCAAAGGAACCUUCUAUGGAACAGGCCAUGGGAACCCGUUCUUUGGGGGAAGUCAUGGCAACAGAUACAACCUGUACAAGGCUGGAGUCAACCCACACUACACCCCAGGAAAACCCAUGACCCGCCACAAAAACCACUGUGCGUAUGUGGUCCAGAAGAACAUCACGUGUACGACGCAGGACGGCAUGGCCACUUACGUGACGGCAGAGUACACCACCAAGUGCAUCUGGGGGCAGAAGUGUCCUGUCGUCAUGUACCGGACCUUCUACAAGCCUAAAUACAAGGUGGGUUAUAAAACCAUCACUGAGCUGGAGUGGAGGUGCUGUCCUGGCUACUCUGGAGAGAACUGCUACGAUGGACCCACCUCCCUGCCCGAUAUGAUGCCCCCCUUCAGGGGUGGUGCCCCCCACCGCCCAGGAACGAAGGGAUACCCUCACGGGCAGCCCCGACCCCCUUUGGGCCACAAACCUGUCCCUGGGGGGGCUAAUCUGGAGCCUGGGAGGCCCUUCCCAAAUCAGCCUGAUAGUAGACCCAUUCCCACUGGACAACUGCCCACCGGGAACGGCAAACCCAACUAUGGUUAUAAAGUUGGUGUUAGUGGAGAGCGUCUGGACAGUAUGGAGGUGGACCUGCGUCGCCUAACCCAGGGUCUGGACACUCUGAACGGGGUGGUGGCUGGCCUGGAGGACCGCCUGCGCCUCUCUCUCCGGGAGGAUACCAACAAGAUGCUGGGCUCCCUGCUCUCCACUGCCCCCCGUCUCUCUGACUCCUCCGUUGGCUUCGGGGUGAUCCCUGACGGGACCCCAGACAGCCUGAAGGGGGGAGAGGGUUUCCCCGGCUUUGGGGAUCUGGCUGGGAGGGUGACGCAGGUGAAGGAUGAGCUCAGAGCCAAGGGACACAUGCUGGAGGAGAUACAGGGCAUGGUUCUGGGCCAUGACUGGCAGCUGAAGAGGAUGUUGGAGGCUGCGACCGGCAGGCCCAUCCCUGGAUCGGGCUCUCCCUCCAUCAUGGAGCUGCUGGAUGCUAAGCUUGCCGGCGUCCGCGCUGAGAUCCUGGACGGCUUCGAGAGGCGUCUGUCUGGCCUGGAGAACCACUGUGAGGAGAGGAUAGGAGAAGUCCAGAGACAGUGUCAUAAUGAACACAUGAACGGACAGGAGCAGAUUCAGCAGUCACUGGACGGCAGAGAGACUGGCCUGAGAGAGGAGCUGGGUACUCUGCAGGCCCAAAUACAGGGACUGACCCUCACUGAGAGCUGCUGUGGACAGGUGAACAGCCUGUCUCAGCGGGUGUUGAUGCUAGAGGAGUCAGUGACGGGGUUAACAGAGUCUCAGCACCAGCUCCAGGCUGCUCUCACUGACCAGACUAUCCACAUCGAGACCCUGAUAGAGGCCCGUCUGGAGAACACGGAUGCCCGGCUCAAUGCCACCGAGUCUGGGGAAGUAGGGGUUGGCGGGGUGCCUUGGGACCUGGACGGCUUCAAGACCCUGCUGGAGGACAAGCUGAAGACCCUGGAGAACAGGGUGUUUGUGGCCGUGGAAGAGCUGAGAAACGCCACCGCCCCAGCUCUGCUGGAGGGUCAGGUGGUGCCUGCCCUGGAGACAGAGAUCGAGUCAGUCAGGAGGAGGGUGGAGGGAGACCUGGACGGCAUCCAGAAACAGCUCACAGACCUGGAGCUCCUCUGCACCUCCUCCUGCUCCCCCGCAACUCCCCCUGAAGGAGGCGCAGGGACAGGCCUAGCAGAGGAGGGGUGUGAGGAGGUGGAGAAGAAAGUGUCAGGUCGUCUGGACUCCCACGCCGACCAGCUAGACCAUCUCAACACCACGCUGCAGACCCUUCUGAACCGUAUCGCCCAGGAGGAUGAGGAAGGCUCUGUCCAGGGAGAGAUCACCCUCCUCAAGAUUAAUGUCAACUCUGUCAACCGCACCCUGAAGGGUCUGAGGGACUCUGUUAGCUUAUUCACUAAGGGAGUGGGCCAUGCUAAUGCCACAUGGACACACAGGGAGCACCAGCUAGCCACCGAGGUCCAGGGCAUCACCCAGCUGGUGGGGCGCCAGGCCUCCCUCCUAGGGGCUGGGGAGCGCCGACUAGCCCAGCUGAAGGGGGAACUGGUGGGCCUGAGGAGGAGGCUGGCCGGAGAGCUGCAGGGCUGCUGGAGCACGGCCCUUGGGGUUCAGAGGGAGGUGAAGGAGGUGGAUAGUCGCGUGUCCCAGGUGGAGGGACAGUGUGGCAGCCUGGGGGAGCUGGCGGACCACCUGGAGAGGAUCAGGGCAGAGCUGGAGAGACACUCUGACUCGUACCUAUCACAGGUGAAUGGAACGCUGGCCAGUCACUCUACACAGCUAGCCGAGCUGAAGGGAGAGAUCAAAGACUGUGUCGGGAAGCGCUCAGCCAAUCAUAGGGGAGACCAGUAG